AUGACAAUGAAACAAAAGAGUCAUAUUUGUAGUACCUGAACCAAAUUAAUUGAAAAAUUAAUGUAAGAGACACUGGUAAGAGUUUCUUUACAAACUCUAAACAUCAAAUUAAGAUUAUAGAGAAUUAUUAGUGAGGUCAAUUAUAGCGUAUGUAUUUUGUCAAAAAUAUCAAGAUCACUUCCAUAGAGGCACAGAAUCUAGCAAACUUUCCUCAAUAAGGAACAGCUCAGAUUGGCUACAGAUAAAUAAUAUUAAUUUGUGAAAAACUCAGUGAUAUUUCUCCAUAUUUUUUCUUGUCCUUAUAAUCCUGCAAAGCAAGAAACUUAUGCUCAUAACUGUGUCACAGCCCUAUCAGGUGACUGUAGUUUCUCAAGCCUAAAUGACCUUUGCUAUAAUUUGUAGAAUGAGGUAGGUAAUAGUUCAUUUCAGUGCAGAUGCAUGUGAAGUGAAAAUUCUGACGCUUUGGAACUGGUGAGCUUCCUACCAACAGAAUAAUCUGUUUUGGAGAGGUAAAACCGGGCUCAAAUCAUGGCCUUUCUGAAACUCAGUAACCAAAGAGCAAGCUUGGCCUUCCUUUAGACUGCUGUAUGCAACCUGAGGACACACCAUUCCCGAAUCUGCCCUCCUCCAGGAAACCGACCUGCACUGAGAGUGGAGAUGUGGCUUCUGAUACUGGUGACCUAUUUGCUUCAAAGAAAUGUGAAUUCAGGACAUUUGCCAACUAAAGCUGUGGACCCUGAAGCAUUUAUGAAUAUUAGUGAAAUCAUUCAACAUAAAGGUUAUCCCUGUGAGGAAUAUGAAGUUACAACUGAAGAUGGGUAUAUCCUUUCUGUUAACAGAAUUCCUCAAGGCCUAACAGAACCUAAGAAUAAAGGUUCCAGGCCAGUGGUGUUCCUGCAACAUGGUCUGCUAGGUGAUGCCAGCAACUGGAUUUCCAACCUGCGCAACAACAGCUUGGGCUUCAUCCUGGCAGAUGCUGGCUUUGACGUGUGGAUGGGGAACAGCAGGGGAAACACCUGGUCUCGGAAGCACAAGACCCUCUCUAUUGACCAAGAUGAGUUCUGGGCUUUCAGUUAUGAUGAGAUGGCUAGGUUUGACCUUCCUGCAGUGAUACACUUUAUUUUGCAGAAAACAGGCCAGGAAAAGAUCUAUUAUGUCGGCUAUUCACAGGGCACCACCAUGGGCUUUAUUGCAUUUUCCACAAUGCCAGAACUGGGUCAAAAAAUCAAAAUGUAUUUUGCUUUAGCUCCUAUAGCCACUAUUAAAUAUGCAAAAAGCCCUGGCACCAAAUUUUUGUUACUACCACAUAUGAUGAUCAAGGGUUUGUUUGGCAAGAAAGAAUUUCUCUACCAGACCCGAUUUUUCAGGCAGCUUUUUAUUUAUCUUUGUGGCCAGAUGUUUCUUGAUCAAAUUUGUAGCAAUAUCAUCUUACUUAUGGGAGGCUUUAACAUAAACAAUAUGAAUAUGAGCCGAGCAAAUGUGUAUGUUGCCCAUUCUCCUGCUGGAACAUCUGUGCAGAAUAUUCUACACUGGAGCCAGGUAGCAAAUUCUGGAGAACUCCGAGCAUUUGACUGGGGGAGUGAGACCAAGAAUCUGGAGAAAGGCAAUCAUCCAACUCCUUUAAGGUACAAUGUUCGCGAUAUGACGGUGCCAACAGCGAUAUGGUCAGGUGGUCAGGACUGGCUCUCAAAUCCAGAAGAUGUGAAAACACUGCUCUCCGAGGUGACCAAUCUCAUCUAUCACAAAAACAUUCCUGAGUGGGCUCAUGUGGACUUCAUUUGGGGGCUGGAUGCUCCUCAGCGAGUGUACAAUGAAAUCAUCCAUCUGAUGACACAGGAGGAGGCCGGCCUUCCCCAGGGAACCUGCAAGGUCUCCCUGUAAGACUUCAGAUGCUGACAAGACUUAGGCACAACAUUAUGGGAGACAGUUCUAGGGCCAGGAACAGAGCAGAGGAUUUUACAGACUUCCAGAGGGAAAAAUAGACUGUAUCUAUCAAAGGGCGGGCAGAGAUGCAAUUCUAUUUUUCUUUCAGUUUCUACAUUCAGCACUAGAAUUCAGAUUUACAUUUUUUUCAAUUAGUAAAAUAAUAAUAAAUCUGAGUUUCAUAUGCUAUUAUAUCUUCUAAAUUUUGAAGGUUAAUUUUCACUUGACAGCCAGAAAGUACGUAGAUAAUCACUACAUCAUUCAAAUAAAUCUCCUUCAAACAUUUAUUUUUUUCCUCAGCCAUAUUUUUGAAGGAGUAAAGUAAGAAUGACAAAUUGGAGCAAACAGCCAGGUCAAAAAUCUCUGAAUUGUUGGUUUUGACAGACUGAGCUGGGCAUUUCUACCUUGUUGCUAUAGUCAGGAUACUACCUCAGAAAGCCAACUGCUUGACAACAAAAAAUCUGUAUGCGACACAGAUGAAUAUGUGUAAAAUAUCCUAAGAGGAGGGCCAAGUUUUAUAGUUGGAUCACAGAGAAGAUACAUUUUUAGGAUAUUUAAGAGUUUCCUAAUAAAACAUCAUGCAUUGCACAGAGCAUACUUGUGUUACACCAGUACUGAAAUUCUAAUAUAAGAUUGUUCACAGCCUGCUGCUACAAGACAUACUGGCACAACUUUUUAGCUCCAAAAACUAAAAUCUUGGAAGAAAA